AUGGGGAAGAUAUUGGCUCAUGAUAAAGAUGUUGCUGCCUAUCUAGAUAACACCACAGAGCAAUGGUCUAGGCAUAUGUUUGACACAACAAUCAGUUGUGAUCACAACACCACAAACUUUGUGGAAAGUUUCAAUGCCUGCACAAAAGCUCACAGAGAUCUACCUGUGCUCAACCUACUUCAAGCUAUAAGAGUGUGGUCAAUGAAGAGGAUUGGUGCAAGGUUUGACAAGGCUAUUGACAUGGAGCCUGGGCAAUCACUGAUUAUGCUACAAAGGUUAAGUUGUGGGUGUGGCAAGUGGCAAGGAUGUGGUAUCCCUUGCAAGGAUGCAUUGAGAGUUAUGUACAAUGAGAGAGUUGACCCUGUGGCCUAUGUCUCUGAUUAUUACAAGGGGGCAGCUUACAAGGCAACUUAUGCUGAGCAUAUCCACCCCAUGCCUGAUCAAUCUCAAUGGCCAGAUUUCAACCUCCCACUGAUUCAUCCUCCAAACAAGAAAAGAGGUGCUGGCAGACCUCCAAAAACAGAGGAAGAGAGGUGUGAAUGA